AUGGAAGUACCAUCAGAGCCCAAGUCGUGGCGAGACGAGCUGGCAAGCUUAUUGGAAGAUACAGGGAUAGUAUUCAACGGAGAUUCGGUCCUGGCCCCGCCGGAGGAAUUCCUCACCAAAUCGCCGCCGCCGCCGCCCGCCGCGGCGGAAAGCUUGAGGGUCCAGAUCAAGGGCUUCGCUGUGGCGUGGGGGGAAUUGCUGGUGGAGCUGGCGAGAGGUUGCAGGGACGUGGCGCGGCAGUCCCUGCUGGCUGAGGAUUCUUACAUCGUGAGGAAGACCCGAGGGCCGCUUGCCGAGGUUUCGGGAAAGCUGAGGUUUCUGAACGAGUUCUUGCCGGAGGAUCGCCACCCGGCCCACGUCUGGCCCGUCAUCCUCUUCGUGUUUUUCCUUGCUCUGGCUGUUCUGAGUGUAAAUAGCAAACAUGAGGCCACAGUUUCGUUGGUGAAGAAAGUCUCUCUGCAUCCACCGAGUGCUGCACGGAUACUUCUGCCGGAUGGGAGAUACAUAGCAUAUCACGAAACUGGAGUCCCAUCUCUUAAAGCAAGAUUUACCGUGAUUAUCCCACAUGGGUUCCUCUCUUCUCGUCUUGCAGGUGUUCCGGGUAUCAAAAUUCAGCUGCUGGAAGAAUUUGGUGUUCGGUUGAUCACAUAUGAUCUCCCGGGAUUUGGCGAAAGUGAUCCUCACCCUAACAGAACUCUUGGCUCGUCUGCUCUGGAUAUGUUGCAUUUGUCACAUUCUGUGGGAGUACGUGGCAAAUUCUGGGUUUUGGGAUAUUCGGGUGGCUCGUUGCAUACCUGGGCAGCUCUCAAGUAUAUUCCGGAUAAUGUUGCAGGUGCUAUCAUGUUUGCCCCAUUGGUCAACCCCUAUGAUUUGGGCAUGACAAAGGAAGAGAUGUCUGGUGCUUGGGGAAAUUGGACUCGGCGAAAAAGAUUAUUAUAUUUUCUGGCACGAAGAUUCCCUAAGUUCCUUCCUUACUUUUAUCGUCGAACUUUUCUCUCCGGGAAGCACGGUCCUGUAGAUAAAUGGUUAGCUUCAUCAUUGGGAAAGAAGGAUAGAGAUCUUGUAAAGACAACAGCUUUUGAAGAAAUCUGGCAAAGGGACGUGGAGGAGUCGAUUCGUCUUAAUAACCCAAAACCAUUUGUAGAGGAAGCUGUGCUUCAGGUUACUGACUGGGGUUUCAAGCUCGUGGAUCUUCAAGUUCGGAAAAAAUGCACCCGAAAAGGCAUUAUUCCAUGGCUUCAGUUCAUGUACGGACAACCCGAAUGUGAACUGACUGGGUACUUAGGCCCGAUCCACAUAUGGCAGGGUAUGGAUGAUAUGGUGGUCCCGCCUUCGAUGACUGAUUAUGUGGGCCGCGUUCUUCAAACAGCGGUUGUGCAUAGGCUUCCGAACGAGGGUCACUUCUCGUAUUUCUCCUUUUGCGAUGAAUGUCACAGGCAAAUACUCUCGACAGUUUUUGGAAGCCCGCAGGGGCCGAUCGACACUGUAGAUAAGAAGAAGAAUACUCUAACAGAAGGCAAUUUACAAGAGGCCUCAGAUAACUGA